AUGGUCGACCCUGUCUACUACGAGCUGAGCUGGUCGAUCCUCAGCACGAUCGGGAUAGCUAAUGUUUUGUUCGGUCUUAUGGUCGCUGGCAUCACGAGUUUUGGUCCUGUUUCUAUUGUUCCGAUCGUCACAUCUGCUGCUGGCGCUAUAGCCAACGGGCUUUGCUACUAUGCUUUUUAUGAAGAGGGUAACUCUACUACGACCAAGGCUGUAGCCUCUGUAUUCGCCGAUGUUUUGUGGCUGGUUCAAGAGGCUGGCCUUUCGUUCUACAGUUAUAUCAUCCUAAGUCGAGUCUUACGCGGUCGCCAAUGGAUCAUCUUCGCCACCGGAUUCUGGUUCAUGAUCAUCUCCGUCUCCGGUAUUCGCGUCGUAAUUGCAGCUGUCCGAGCCCGACGCAUAAUGAACGCCCUCGACACCGAUCAGUCAUUGAUAAAUCAUCUCCAUAUGGGAUACUUCAUCCUCAUCGCCCUCUUGGAGUGCCUCAGCUCUUUCUUCCUCCUUCGAGUCUUCAGCUCAGCGAAAUCAACAUCACUUAGCGCUGCCAUCAAGGCUGGCCUGUUCAGAUAUUUGAUGCGGAGUACUGAGGUCCGACUGGCACUUCUUGCAGUGCUGGGUAUCAUACGGGCUAUCACAUAUUCCUUCCAAAAUGCUGAACAAAGCGCGACGAAUCUUGCUUCACAGAUCGAUCGGUUUGCGUACAGUAUGGAAUCAUCAAAGGUCGUUUUUCACAACCAAGUUUACGGCUCAUCAGGUCAAAGCCGACAUCAGCCAGGUGGCUAUCCACAUCGACAGUUCGCGAAUGGCCGUGGCGGUGAUAUUAUCCUCACAACACAGCAAGGCGAGAACAUUGUUGAAGUUCGAGGAGGGGAGUCGACCGGCGACAGGGCAAGUUCACAAGAGCGCAUCAUUAGUCGCAGGGACCACAGAAACCCUUCUUCGGAUAUUGAUCUUGAUGAGAUGGACACGAAGCAGAUCGGCAUUAGUAAGACUGUCGCGUUUGAGGUACACAGUUCAGGCGAUGUUGAGCGGUAG